AUGUCGCAACCGGGGCGUUCAGAUGGUUUACCACCAAAACCUGCCCCUACUGAACUACUGAAACUUCCUCUAUAUAUAAAGCAAUUUGACAAUUCAAUCAGUGACAGUGAUGAUGAUAAUUCUGAUUCUAAAACAGCUAAUGCCUGUUUAAAUGUGGAGGAUACUCGAUCUUCCAAACCUACGAGGCAUCCCAAAAAUCAACCAAAACCACUUCAGAAGACAAAUGGUGAACAAUCAAAAUCGAUGUUCAAAACUAGUGGUUGGUUAGAUGGUAUGCGAUAUUUCGGCUGGGAAUAUGGUGAAGAAGGCUACCUUCUAAGCACAGUAAAUAAAAGAAUAUAUGGUGCACGUCACCUUCCUGGAGAAACGCGAGAUCAGAUGACCAAAAGACGUAAAUUAGAACAGGAUUGGAUUCGAUCUGAAACAAAGAUGGGUGGAGUAGUUCCGAGACCUACAACAUCCUCUCCAACAACAAUAUCUGCCAAUGACAGUGUGGAAGAACACUAUUGUGGUGAUUUAAUAAAAUGUAUAUAUUGCGGAAGUUUGAAUUUUCCUUCUGAAGGAGUACGAUCCAGUAGCCAUAAUAAGUUUGUGUUUGAUAUAUGCUGCAACAAGGGGAAAAUUCGACUUCAAAGCAUUCCACAAUUACCCGAAAUUCAGCACUUACUUACUUCAGAAGAUGGAAAGCACUUCCGUGAAAAUAUCAGAAUGUACAAUGCUGCCUUUAGCUUUGCAAGCUAUGUGUAUAAUUCUAACGAACACCACAAUAAUCAACAUGAUAUCGCACCAAAUCCACGUGGUGGACCAUUUAUUUUUUGGAUGCAUGGUGUUGCAUAUCACUUGAUAAAAUAUCCACAGCAUUCUCAGCAGGAUCCACAAGAGCCAGCUUUUGGGCAAUUGUACUUUAUUGAUUCUCAAGAAGCACAAAACUUAAGACUCCACAAUGCAAAUAAUAUUAGUGUUGAGCUUAAUACUGAUCUGCUUAGUCAGUUGGAUAGUUUGUUGCGUAAAGUAAAUCCUUUUGCUCAGACCUACCAACGUAUCAGCGAUUGCGAACCAAGACUCCAUCAACAAGAAGAAUUUUCUGCCGAAAAUCAAUCAGUUCUCCCAACAAUUAUAAUAUAUAAUAGACCACAUUAUAAUGAUGGUAUAAAUGCAAAUGAAUUAAUGGCAGAUCAUGUCGCUUGUAUUUGCACUGUUGAACAAGGUGUUCCAAUGCAAAACACUGAUAUAGUAUUGCGUCCAUUUGUACCAACAGCUUCUGAUCAAAAUGGGUUAAGGAUAAUACCCAAUACUUCGGGAGCAGUUGAUCCUUUAACAUAUACACUUAUGAGACCUUACGGUACUUAUGGAUGGGAUAAUCAACUGCGAUCAUUAGCUGUACCAGACAACAUAAAGGUUACAUUUCGUAGAUAUUGGCUGUACCAUUUUAUGAUGCGCAAUGAUAACGUUGGAUCACCAUUGCUCAAUUUUGGACGAUUAUUCCAACAAUUAGUAUGUGAUGUUGCCCACAGAAUGGAACAAAUGAAAUUAAACUAUAUUCGUCGACAUCAUAUGCAGACCACUGGUCAUCUCGGCAAGGAUGGUGAUGAACAAAUUGUUACUUUCCAUGAUGACAGUCGUGCUACAUCCUCUGGUUAUAGCGAGGAAAUAGCGCGUCAGUCUAUACAAUGUCGUCUACCACCAUCAUUCAUUGGUAGUCCGAAGUACCAGUAUAGACUAUACUCAGAUGCAAUGGCAGUCAUUGCACACUUUGGUACACCGGAUUUGUUCAUCACGAUGAAUUGUAACCCACAGUGGCGUGAAGUUGUCGGUAAUCUUCAGUCGCCGUACAUGAAAUUUGAAGAUCAAGUGAUACUAAUAUGUCGGAUUUCAACAACUUCACAAAUUGAUGAGUACAUUUCAGCUGAAAUGCCUUCUCGUUUUUCCAGUGACGCAAAGGAUAAGCAUUAUAGAAAGCUUAUUGAGCAGCACAUGAUACAUAAACCCUGUGGACCGGAUGCUCAAAACAAUAGGCACCAGUGCUGGGCACCUGAUGAUAAGUCAUGCUCAAAAGGAUAUCCCAAAGAAUUUUCAAGCACCACCCACUAUCAACCGUCCAAUUCAAAAAAUCCAAUUGUCUACAGGCGACGACGCGAUAUUGAGGGUGCAGCAUUGAAUAUUUCCUUAAAUAAUAACAUGAGUGCUCCACAAAAUGUCGUUGAUAAUCGCUGGGUUAUCCCUCACAAUCGAUAUCUUUUAGAACGGUUCAAUUGCCAUAUAAAUGUGGAAGUCUGUCAAAAUGACUUAAGGGGAGAUUUUACAUUAGCUAAAUAUAUGUUUAAAUAUAUUUUCAAACAUCCCUGUAUGGCUAAUGUAAAAGUGAACAUGACAAAUGAGAUACAGAGUUAUGAGAUAUGCCGAUACAUAAGUGCACUUGAAGCUGCAUGGCAAAUAUGUUCAUUUCCUCGAUCGGGUUUCUCCCACAAUAUUGUGCGUUUGUCCGUUCAUCUUCCCAGUCAAGCACAGGGCUGUGAUCAACUUAAGCCAACAACAUUAACCCAAUGGUUUGCUUCUAAUGCAAUCAAUAAAUGUUUAGUUGAGGCCCAAUUGGAACGUAUUGAUAAUACUAUGACACGAGAUGAGAUUAUGGAAAUGUAUGGUUUAAAUUUAACCUAUACACGAUAUUGUGAAAAAUUUGCAUGGAGAACGUCUAGUAAUCCACCACAUUGGGUGAGGCGACAACGCAAUACUCGAAUGCUGUAUACACCAAUCGGUCGCAUGUACCCCGUUAAUGUCCAUAGCAUGGAACUGCGAAGCAUACGUAUUUUACUCCUUCAUAUACCCGGUUGUACAGAUUGGCGUGAUUUACGUACGUACAAUGGUGUUGAAUAUGAUUCAUUUACAGCUGCAGCGAAUGCGCGAAAUUUAAUGAUGAAUGCCGAUGAUAUUGUGUUAACUAUUAAUGAGGCUUUCACACAAUUUUCAGCUACACACCAACAAGGUCGUGAAAUUUUUGCCAUGAUGAUUCAAUUCAAUACACCAAGUGAUUUGUGCCCUAUAUGGGACACUCUGAAGAGAGAUCUGUCAAGUGACUUGAUAUACCAAGGUCUCGAUAUACACGAAAUUCAAUCAAGAGAUGUUGCAGAUGGUAAUUCAUACGCGGAACUAUGGGCAUUAGCUGAUGUUCAGGCUAUAAUUGAAGCCAAUGGUGGUGGUAACUAUAAGUCAUUUUGCAACAACUGGCCAAAUAUGCCAAGAAUCCCAAAUGCCCUUAUUGAGCAAUACCGUCACCGUCACAGUAAUGAUGCAUUCAAUUGCAAUAAUAUCGACCCGACGAUAGCUAGAACUCUCUUUCAACAGCAUUCACUAUCAUUAAACAGAGAGCAGCAAGGUGUUUUUAAUGAUAUUAUAUAUGCACUUUCAUUGCGACGGGAACUAAAUAAUGCAUCUAUUAAUGACAACACCCAUCGUAACUGCUUCUAUAUUGAUGGUUCUGGUGGUACAGGUAAAACAUAUCUCUACGAAACAAUAUAUUACUAUUGUCUAUCGCAGAAUAUAAAGUGCAUCAUAACAGCUGCCACGGGUAUUGCAGCCUCACUAUUGCCAAGUGGUCGAACUUGUCACAGUACCUUUAAAUUGCCGCUAAUAUUAGAUGAAACAACAGAGUCUGAUAUAAAAUCUUGUAAUGAUCCCAAUGGCAGAAUAAUUUAUGAUGCAGAUAUAUUUCUCAUUGAUGAAUGCUCAAUGAUAGACACCUAUGCACUUAACGCUAUUGAUAGGCUCUUAAGACGUCUACAUGGUAUUGAUCUUCCAUUUGGAAAUAAAAUUGUUGUAUGUGGUGGUGAUUUUCGUCAAAUCCUCCCAAUUGUCAACAUAUAUCACACAACAGAUUGUGAGCGUGCAGAUACUGUGGCACGUUGUAUUAUAAAUUGUCAUUUAUGGGAUAAUUUCAAAAAGUUCACCCUAAUACAAAAUCAACGAAUUUUAAAUGAUGGCUACAACUUUGCCCAAGAAGCACUGAAAAUUGGUGAGGGACUAACAACCAACACCCACAGUCUCUACGAGUUUCCGCAGGAGUUCAAGCUUGUUGAUACACUCGAUACGCUAAUUGAUAAUGUAUAUUGCAAGGAUGGAUCCCUAAUACCAUCAUCACCAAAUAGUGACGAAUACAAUAAUUCAGCAAUUUUGUGCGCCACCAAUAAUGAUUGCAAAUUUGUCAAUUCAAGGAUACUAGAUCGACUUGCACAGUCACAACAAACGGCUACUAAAAAUUCAUUGCGUACAUAUACAGCAAUUAAUUGUGCAAUUGAUGAAGAUGCUAGAAUUCGUCAACAUUACAGUGAUGAAAUUCUUGCUGAAUUCACUCCAUCUGGGAUACCAGAUCAUAAAUUGCCAUUAUGCAUUGGAACAAACGUUAUGAUUUGUCGUAAUUUAGAUAUUCGUCAACAGAGAAAUUUAUGCAAUGGAACACGCCUAAAGGUAACCUCUAUGGUGGUGAUGGGGCUUGCGUAUCCUCGUGUCUCCGAAAACUUUGUCGGCCGUAUCAUAGAUACUGAGAAGGUUACCUAUGCCGGAAAGAUUUUGGGCGAAGGAUCGGACUAA